AUGUCUGAAGGAUUACUCCCCGUCAUGGUGUAUAUCCACGGCGGUUGCUUUUACGAAGGCUCUGGUACACGUUAUCUUUAUGGGGGAGACUAUUUCACCGAGCACGGUGUAGUAUUCGUGGGAAUUAAUUACAGACUUAGUGUGGAAGGCUUCCUGUGCUUAGGUAUAAAAGAAGCUCCUGGAAAUACGGGGCUCCGAGACCAAAUAGCAGCUCUGAAAUGGAUAAAAAACAAUAUCAAGGCAUUCGGAGGCGAUCCAGAUAAAGUUACCGUGUUUGGUGAAAGUGCUGGUGCCGCGUCGGUGUCCUAUUUGAUAGUAUCUCCUGCAGCCAAAGGACUCUUCCACAAGGUUAUCUUGCAGAGUGGGUCUUCUGUGACGCCCUGGUCUAUACAACAUGACCCUAUAGCGACAGCGAGCGAUCUUGUCAAAGGGAUAUGA